GACAGUUGCGUUGCGUCGCGUCACGCCGUUCGCAUAAGUCUUUGACUAGUUAACUGGCUACCGACGUCACAUUCCAGCCGCAACUCUGAAAGACGCGACGCGCUCAUUCUCUAUCUCAGGCGGCGUAGAUGUGUGUCAUCAUCACACACGCGCGCGCACAUCAGGUUUCACCGGACUGACCGCGUACCUCGCGCAGGCUCACGGUAAUCACAAUGGCGCCUGGAAAAUCACUCAUCUCUCCCGUUUCCUCUAAAUAUCACAGCUAAAAAUGCGCUGCGUGCGGUGUGACGCUGGAAACAUGCAUAUUUUUAUCCUGUGAAUAACAUCAUUCGGUGGUGAAGCUUUUAUAGUAAUAACGGAUUGAAGAUGGCGGAGUUUUCUCCGGUGCUGCCUCAGCUGCGCGAUGAUGGAGGAUGCGGACGGUACGGGCAGCCGCUGUUCCCCAGAUCCCGGUCCGGUUCGGAGUCGGACAGUGAGUUAUCGCAGAGUUUGGCCCGAACAAAGACGCGCUCGUAUGGCAGCACCGCGAGCGUCACGGCGCCGGUAGGUGAGAAAUACAUAGAGCACCGGGUCACAGACGGGGACACGCUGCAGGGCAUAGCGCUCAAAUACGGGGUUACGAUGGAGCAAAUCAAACGAGUAAAUAAGCUUUUCAGCAAUGACUGCAUAUUCCUUCGAAACACACUCAAUAUUCCCGUUAAGUCAGAAAAACGUUCCCUCUUUAAUGGACUGUCUCUGGAGUCGCCUGACAGUGAGGGAAGCAUGCCGCAGGAGUCACCCUGCAUGAGUCAGGAUAUGGACGUCUCGUCACCCCCACCAGAACCAGGAGUUCCAGAACCCAACACCCGACCCGUGCAGGCCGAGGAGCUGUCUGCGAAAGACUACUUACACCGGCUGGACUUGCAGAUCAAACAGUCCAAACAAGCCGCCCGCAAACUCAAAGAGGAUGGUGAGAGGGAGGAAGAUGACCCAACAAACUUGAACUCAUCGUAUCAGGAGAUCUGAGGGAUUCUUCCUCUAUUUACCUGGAGCACUGACAAUGACCCAUCCUCAUCAUAAUCGUCGUCGUACAUCUUUACCUGCUUUUUUACUUGUCCUUUACCCAAAGCAUGAAACAGGACCUUUCAUCAGACUCUUGUGCUGAGGGUCCAUCAUUGCCUUCUUCAGCAGUAUUAUAGUGGUUUUAAUUCAGAUUUUUAUCAUUACUGUUACAGUUCACAUGACAAUGUAGACACUACAACAGGGUUUGUCUUCUUUAGAUAGAGAGCAAUAGCACUCCACAUGUAGAUCACAAAGUACACUUAUGAUAAACCUCUUCACACAGUCUCUGCUUGUAUGAAAUACUGUAUACACAGUCAAUCCCCAAAUGUACUUUCUCAAAGAUAAAAGCAAACUUGGACUCUUGUGUGAAUGCCUGCUGAUUUUAAUUCAUUUUUUUUGGUUUGGCUGCCUAUUAAAGCUUUAUGUGUGGGAUUGAAAGGGAUAAAUCUGUUUUUGUGCGUGUGUGUGUGUGUGUGUGUGUUGUUCUUAUGUGUUGGGGUUUCAUAACGUGUUUUACUGUGCUGUUUGAUUUGGGUAAUGCAGAAUAAAUGCUUCUAUAAGCUGAUCAUGA